AUGACAAUGACUGCAUCUACGAAAGGGCCCGAGGAAGUCGAGAAGAUGCUUCUCAAGCAAUUGGUCGAAGAGGACUUGACCGAAAAGGCCGAAAAGCUGCUCAUCAAAGAGCUUCGCGAACUUCGCGGGAACCCGCAAGAUUGCGAAGAGGUCGACACCAUCGAAGUGGACGAAGAAAUGAUGCCCACUGAGGAGUCGGCAGCAGCUCUCAAGGACAGCCAGUACGAAGCCAACGAAUCAACGACCGUGAGGCCGACCCAGGUGCCUUCCCGAUACCAGGGCACUUACACUUCAACGGACUGGCUCGAGGCUGGCUUGUACGACUGCACCUUGGCGUGCGAGUACGAAGGAUUUCGCCCUACCUUGAAGACGAUCCGAAGCAUGUGCUACUUGUUGAAGAAGCAAGCUGAACUACCAGAUUGGAUCUUCAUGUCGGAGCAACCAAUCCGCAGCCAGGGACAGGUCUCGAAGAACUUUCGCCUGUGUGAACACGAUGGGCAAACGGACAUCCUCUUCGAUGUGAAGCCACCGUCGUAUCAUGUCGGGCAGCUGGACGAGUGUUCUGAGAGUGACCUUCUGGGCGCCUGUUUGAUGGCGCUUCCUGUGAGAUGCCCCAAGCAAGGGGACUGGUGCUUGGGGUUAGCAGGCGCCCUACGCGAGGCGCUCGUCAAGAAGCCCCGCCUUUGUGAAAUCCGGCGUGUGAUAGAAAGGCUGCUGGAGUCAGAACAGGCUUCCGUCCAUGGUUGCGGUCGCUGGCGAUUGGAGUUGGCGAAGUUGGAAGCCUCAGAACAGCAACCAACGGCUGUGUCUGCGGAGAGCAAUGACGAACUGAUAGCCUUGCUUAGGCAAGAUCGAGAGCUUUUGGACCCUCUUCCAAAGAUGCUGAAGGAUCAGAAAUGGGACAACGUCCGCGCCGUGCUGAAGACGCCUCCGGUGUCUUACCUCUGGAACCUUGGGUUGGAGAAGAACACCUUGAAGAAGUUGGGUGACAACUUGGGGGAGAUCCAAGUCUUGGAGCUCAUGGACGAGAUUGCAUCGGACCUGCAGGUCACCGAUGAGAUCUCCUAUUCCAACAACUACGUGUACGGACAGCCUGGAGAGGGGAAGGUGAAGGUCCAGGAGCCGAUUGAGUACAUAAAGAUGGCAAUGUCCAAGCUGGACGAGGUGCUCAAGAUUGUUGGAUGA